CUAACGGAAUGGGUCAGUCAGCAAACAUCUAAGAGACCUUGUCUCCCUCUCCACGCCUUCACUCAGCUCACAAUGGCAUUGCCUAUGCUCUUUUAUUGUCCUUUGCUUCACACCCUCUUCACCUCUCCUCCUCUAUAACACCUCCCUCUCUCAAACAUCUAAAAUCCCCUAAAUUCUUUAACAAGAAACACUUCGUUUCCGAUCCAUGUAGAAUACCUAUCCAGAAGUUUUCGCGACUCAAUCAUACCUAGGCUUGCAGAAUAAUCAAGGAUUUGACCUUUUCCGAACUCUGUGUAAACUUUUCUUGAUUAGUUUCACCAUGGAAGAAUCUGGUAAUCACAAAGAAGCUGCGAACUCAAGCGAAGAAGUUGAUCAACCGGAGCGAGAGAAUUGCAGCGAUAUUGUAGGCACUGGUAGAUCCUAUGAUUGCAUGUUCUGCAAGAGAGGCUUCACUACGGCACAAGCUUUGGGUGGACACAUGAACAUCCAUAGGAAAGAUAGAGCCAAGAACAGGCCUUCUUUGAUUAAUUCCAAUCAGCACGAAGAGAACCACGCGACGCCCAUGUUCUACCAUCCAAUUUCAAGCUACCCACCUCAUUUUCCUGCACCCCACGAAGCACUGAUCAAUUACCGGACAUAUAUUCCAGCUUCCACAUCAGUUUCAAGGCCAUCAUACUCGCACCACAAAAGCAGUGAUGAUCACUUAAAUUCGAUAGGAGAGGACUGGCGGAUGAGCUUGAGCUUGCAAUUUGGUUUUGGUGCUGCCCAGGCCACGGAAGAUGCUGAAAAGAAGAAAGAAGAAGAUGGAUUAGAUUUGGAGCUUCGGCUUGGUCAUGAUCCGUAGAGUUCUUAACUCAGUUCGCGUGAUACUGUACAGCUAUGUGUUCAUGUUACUUGCAGGAUUAAUUAAUUUCUUAUGCAAAGACACCAUUAUGCAAAGACACCAUUUCGCGGGAUUUGUAUAAAGUGGUACUUUUUUGCAUAGGGUUUGCUUAAUUCUGUGGAAGUCAUGAUGAAGGGGAAGAAAUCCAGAAUUGUCCUGAGGUUGGGAAUUUUCAAUGGAUGAUCAUCACUUUCUGGUAACAUAUAUAUUUGUCCUAGAAGUAGCUAUAUAUAUAUAUAUGUUGUUUUAUCUCAAUAUUUAUGCAUAUAGCCCUUAUUUGAUUAGGGAUAUAUGAGAUGUUGAUUUUAUUUCAAUGUGUUUCUUAGCUACAAUUUAUAUAUAUGUGGUUUCUAGUAAA